GGAUGCAGCAGCCUGUGGUGUCCGGCACAUGGACAGCGCAGACAGGGGAGGCGCAGCGCUGCUUUAGCUCAUCCCAUCACCUCCGAGUGGAAAACUUUCUCUCCGUAUAAGGAUCUAACGUUUUUGAGAAGUUUCCCUUUGUGGCAUUUUUUAAAAAAACAACGAGAGAGAAAUCCAACUUAUUCAAUGCGCAACCAUGCUCAUCAUCUCGUCUCGCAGUGCGCUGCUGUCCGUCUACUACCCACAGAUCUUCCUCAUCCUCACCAGCGGUAGCUACCUGGCGCUGUCCUCGGUGGUGGCUUUGGGGGCGAACAUCAUCUGUAAUAAGAUCCCAGGACUGGCCCCGCGACAGAGGGCGCUGUGCCAAAGUCGCCCGGACGCCAUCAUCGUGAUCGGGGAGGGGGCGCAGCUCGGCAUCGACGAGUGUCAGUAUCAGUUCAGAUACGGACGCUGGAACUGCUCCGCCCUCGGAGAGAAGACGGUGUUCGGACAAGAGCUCAGAGUAGGCAGUCGGGAGGCGGCCUUCACCUACGCCAUCACCGCGGCCGGAGUGGCCCACGCCGUCACCGCCGCCUGUAGCCAGGGCAACCUGAGCCAGUGCGGCUGCGACCGGGACAAACAGGGAUACCACGACCAGGAGGAGGGCUGGAAGUGGGGAGGCUGCUCCGCCGACGUCAAGUACGGAGUGGAGUUCUCCAGGAGGUUUGUGGACGCGCGAGAAAUCAAGAAGAACGCAAGACGACUCAUGAACCUGCACAACAACGAGGCGGGAAGAAAGAUCUUGGAGGAGCGCAUGAAGCUCGAGUGUAAGUGUCACGGCGUGUCCGGCUCCUGCACCACAAAGACCUGCUGGAUCACUCUGCCCAAGUUCAGGGAGAUCGGCUACCUGCUGAAAGAACGCUACAGCGAGGCGGUGCAGGUGGAGCCCGUACGAGCGUCCCGCCUCCGACAGCCGUCUUUCCUGCGUCUCAAAAUGGCGCGCGGAUACCAGAAGCCCACGGACACAGACCUGGUGUAUCUAGAGCGCUCUCCGAACUACUGCGAGGAGGACAAGGUCACGGGGAGCACGGGCACGAGAGGCAGGCUCUGUAACGGGACGUCCACCGGCUCAGACGGGUGCAACGCCAUGUGCUGCGGGCGAGGGUUCAACUCCCACCAGUACACCCGAGUGUGGCAAUGCAACUGCAAGUUCCACUGGUGCUGCUUCGUCAAGUGCAACACGUGCAGCGAAAGAUCAGAGGUCUUCACAUGCAAAUAAGGGAGAGCAGCAGACAGGGACUUUCAAUUUGAAGUGAAGAACUUGGAAGUAUUUAUUCUAUAUUUUGCACAUUUUGGCAUCCUUGGGAAUAUACUUAAGGAAAGACAAUUAUGAAAUGAAAGAUGCGAGGCUUGAUGUUUGGGAGCCGAAGCAAAACAAGGAGGACAAACAUCUUUGAAAGAUGAGACAAAGUGACAAGUGGUGGUUCAUAUUGAAGCAUGAACUGGAAAUGCUCGUGACUGCCAAUAACAGCGAAUUGUAGCUCAUGUGGCAACUGUAAACUCACACUGUAUGUUUGACACUGAAAAUAAAAGUAUUUAUGUCAAAGAUGCUCAGGCCCACAGGCCUUCAGAGAACACACUCAAAAGCCUUUUGUUUUGAAGCUCCAGAGCAUGUUUUAGCAUCGUCUUUAAACUUCUUCCUUUGCACUUGAACAGUGGCAUGGGAGGUUGACGAGAUGAAUAGUUCUCAGUUUUUCAGAUCCCUCAUAGACAUUUGUCCCCCUGGGGCCCAGGCCCUUGUUACUAGGGGCCCCGGGCUAAAAUACCCACAUACUAUUUAAAGCGUCUGACGGUCAGCUUGUAUGACACUUUCCAUCCCAAUAUUUUGACUGUUUGCUUUGUGAAGGGCUCUUGACUUCUGAGAAAAGCAUUCAGGCCUCAUUGCGCUCCAUAGAGGUGUAAUCACGUUCAGAUACAUUGGACAUUCCACAAAUGAGGAAUUUCACAUGGGCCUGUGCUUACACAAGGCUCCAGCGGUUUAGGCAUCUGCCCCGACCACAAGGGGACGAGGAUCAAAGGCUCAAAGCUAUUUUUGGACAAAACCCUUAAUGUAUUCACUCAUGUUUAUUUAGGCUUUAUGUAACGUUCAAAACAAGCUGAAGAGUAUAUUUUUAUAUGAGGAACGUGGCACUUUAUGUCAUUUAAAGAUUAAAACAAGAGUCAUUAUUUACAAGUGUUUAUUAUUGUCAGCGUUUUCAGAGAAACAAUAAGUUAUUGUAUGUAAGCCAGUCUGAACUUGUACAGUGUAAAUGUUUUACCAUACUGUAUGUUUCUACAUAGCCAACAAAGUAAUUUAUCCAGUGUUUACAAAACCAAGGACUACUGUGCUCACAGUUGUAAUUAAGUAACAUUAAACUAUUCUGCAAAAAGCCAAACAGUUACUGGAGUUCAGUUUGUGUUUACUGAUGUCCUUUUAGAUCAAGACUUAUUGCUGUCUUCAGAUUGCAACUUGGCUUUAUUCAUUUUUAUGUGGUAAAAUGUGUUUACUAAAUAAACCUGGUCAGCAGUGUUGUUUUUUUU